UGUUUGAAGUUUCAUAUUCUGGUUAAGCUCGAAAUUGAAAGCUCUCUGUUAGUUUCUCUUUCGCCGUUAAAAUGCGUUCCACGAGGCUGUUACGAUAACGAUAAAAAACCAUUUUCUAUCCGCAAUACACAUUCUGCCUGUUAUGCAAAUAGUACGGGACCAGUACGGGACCAAGAGACGUUUCUGUCGCGCUGCAUCCAGGGAGGGAGUCGCGACGCUCUGCUGGAUGGAGAUGUAACCUCCUAUGACAUGGACAAUGGGUAUACGCGUCACUGCAUCACGGACUGCAGAGAUGUGGGCAUUGUGGUCGAAUUGGGCACGUUCUGCAAGAUCAAUCACAUCCGCAUGCUGCUCUGGGACAGAAACAGCCGGGCGUACUCCUACUACGUUGAGGUGUCCGGCGACCAGACCACCCACAACACUGUGAACCGGGUAUUCCAUGUGGUGCGUCUGGAAGCCAAGCACACGGCCAAGUUGCAGCGUUUAGUUGAACAUUUUGUGGCGCCCAAGACGAACGUGGCCACCGUCGAGAUGAGCGCCAUUGUGACGGAUGGCGUGAGUCGCACCCGCCACGCGCUAAUCAACGGCGAUUAUCUGCACUACGACUGGGACUCGGGUUAUACUUGCCACCAAUUGCGCAGCGGCGAGCUCGUCGUCCGAUGGGCCAACCCUACUAUUUGGGUUCAAUGAGGAGUUGCUUGGGGACCUCGAUGAUCGCAACUACAGCUUCUACAUCGAAAUUUCGACGAAUCGAAAGGAUCAAGAGAUGAUCAUGGUGCGCCGCAACGACAGCAUCCGCUCCUGGCAGAACUUCCUCUUCACUCCGCGUCCAGUGGUCUAUAUCCGCAUUGUGGGCACACGCAACACAGCGAAUGAGGUUCGCAGCAGUGCAGCAGCCACAAAACACGUGCGUUGACCUAAUGCUCUCCUUGCUUGAAUUCACAUUCGAUAAAUGUUAUAUCGAAACCAUUGGGUUGCCACUCAGUAGCUGUCAUUUUUUAACAAGACUCUAAUCCAGUGUGGGCACUCUAUUAAGGGAGCUUUCCAGUGUGAAAUUUUCAAAAAAUCGUUUUUUUUUUUUUUUUUGUUUCAUCAAAUAGUAUACACUCUUCCGAAUAUUCCCUGAAAUUUUCAUGCCGAAAUUCAGAUUAUUUCGGUUACUGUACAGCAUUUCUUGGAAGAAGGCAACGGAGCGCUACAGCUGCACUUGAAACUUUGAACGCGUUUUUCUCGAAACAGCAUUUUUCAAAACGGUGUCGGACUUGGAGGGCAGAGUUUUAAAGCUAUCGAAUUUUUAACACAAUAUUCUUAACGUCAUUGUUUAUCGUGCUGUGGAAGCUUUUUUUUUUGACAUCCUCCUAUUUUUUUGUAAAAAAACUGUUAAAAAAAAUGCUGAAAUCGAUACUUUUUCUUCAAACCGGCACCAUUUUAGCAAAAAAAAUUAAAAAAAAAGCCUCCAUAGCACGAAAGCCAAUUAUAUACCGAUCAAUAAUCUUUGUGUGUUUUUUGAUUAAGAUCAAAAUUGUGACCCCCAACGUGGACACCAAAUCCUAGUGCAUUUUCUGCAACAAUUGUUUCAUCAUUUUUAUAGAUAUUAAUUAAUAAAUAAAUAGAUCUUUAAAAA